CGGCCCCCGCUGCCAUCCAGCAAGGCCAGGAUGAAAAAGCUCCCGAAGAAGAGCCAGAACGAGAAGUACCGACUGAAGUACUUGCGGCUGCGCAAAGCGGCCAAGGCCACGGUGUUUGUGAGUGUGACCGCCGCUCAGCCGGCCUCUGCCGGAGACUCUGCUGCCUCGCGAGAUCUUCCCCUUCCCAGAGUGACCGUGUUAAUUCGGUGUUAGAAUUUCAGUAUACGUUACUGCUUCUUAGUCCUGUGUUCUUGAACAAGUUAUAAUUUCGCUAAUCCUCUUUCCUCCCCUGUAAAUGAGAGCUGGUAACUACCUCGCAAAAGAUCAAAUGAGAAAAGUAAAGUGCUUGGUGCCUCGCAGGUCUGGCCAAUAAACUUUAGUCGUUACCGUUAUCACUGCAAAACUCAGAAAUGCGUUUGAUUUUCGAGGAAAAUGCUGCUAUUUGUGAUGAAAUUGCUCGUCUUGAGGAAAAAUUUCUUAAAGCAAAAGAAGAGAGAAGGUACUUGCUAAAGAAGCUCCUCCAACUUCAGGCUUUAACUGAAGGGGAAGUACAAGCUGCAGCUCCUUCCCACAGCUCCAGUUUGCCCCUGACUUACGGUGUGGCCAGCUCAGUGGGAACUAUUCAGGGAGCUGGAUCCAUUUCUGGCCCCAGCACUGGAGCUGAGGAACCAUUUGGGAAGAAGUCCAAGAAGGAGAAAAAAGAAAAAGGCAAAGAGAACAACAAAUUGGAAGUUCUGAAGAAAACAUCCAAGAAAAAGAAAAUGGAGGGAGGUGCUCGCAAGCUGGUUCAGCCCAUUGCCCUGGAUCCCUCAGGACGGCCUGUGUUCCCCAUCGGACUAGGGGGUCUAACAGUAUAUAGCCUGGGGGAGAUCAUCACCGACCGACCUGGCUUCCAUGAUGAAAAUGCCAUCUACCCUGUGGGUUACUGCAGUACUCGAGUUUGUGCCAGCAUGAAAUGCCCAGACCAAAAUUGUCUGUAUACCUGUCAGAUCAAGGACGGUGGUGUGCAACCUCAGUUUGAAAUUGUUCCUGAAGAUGACCCCCAGAAUACCAUCGUCAGCUCUUCUGUAGAUGCUUGCCAUGCAGAAUUGCUCAGGGCCAUCAGUGCUACAACGGGGAAAAUAAUGCCUAACUUGUUUCCAACUGGAGCUGACUUUUUUGGGUUUUCCCAUCCAACCAUCCACAACCUGAUCCAGAGUUGUCCAGGAGCUCGAGAAUGUGUGAAUUACCAGUGGGUGAAAUUUGAUGCAUGCAAACCUGGAGAGGGGCAGCUACCACAGGGACUAGCAGAGAAUGAUGCAGCUCUGAGCUUUGAAGCCUUUCAGAGACAGACUUUUGAUGAAGAUCAUAAUGAUCCCAUUCUUCCAGGAUCCUUGGACCUGCCCGAGCUGCAGCCUGCAGCCUUUGUGUCUUACCAGCCUGAGUUCCUGACAAGCGAACCCUUAAUAGACACUCACCUGCAGCACCUGAAGUCUCCAUCACAGUGUAGCCCAGUUCAAUGUGAAGACUAAACAAGAAGGGAUCAGAUCCCACUUCAUUUUCAUCACAAUAAGGUUUUUUUUUUUUUUAACUUAAACUAAAACUUAACAGUGUAUGGAAGAAGACAGCAUAUCGGGACUGAAGAUUUUAACACAUUUCCUCAUGGGAGUUCCCAUGGUGACAGUUUACCCUGGGAAAAACUUCAGUUACUUUAUUUUUAGUAAUAAAUUUCUCUUAACCAUUCUGCUAUUUUCAUAUGCUUGUAAUCAGGUUAUAAUUUUUUUUUUUGCUUAGCUCUGCCUGAUGUAGAGUACACUUUAGUCCUUUAUAAACCUGCUUUAGUCCAUUUGGGCUACUGUAACAAAAUACCAUAGACUGGGUGGCUUAUUAACAAAUUUAUUUCUCACAGUUCUGGAGGUUGGGAAGUCCAAGUUCAAGGUGCUAACAGUCAAUGGGCCUACUUACUCAUUCAUAGGCAGCUGCCUUGCUAUAAUCUCACAUGGUGGAAGAGGUAACGAAGCUCUCUAGGGUUCCUUUUAUAAGGGCACUGAUCUCAUACAGAGUCCUUACAACCUAAACAGCUCCCUAAGGCUUCAACUCCUAACACCAUCAUAAUGGAUGAUUAGGAUUUAACUUAUAAUUUAACACAUUGAAUCUACAGCAGCUGCUAACUUAGGAGGGAGAUAACCCUGUCCUAGUUCAAGGACUACCAAGUCCUCUAGCCCUUGCAACUGAGGCUCCUGCUUUACUUUCAUAUCAAUAUCAUCAGAACAAAUCCUCAUGUUUACACUCAAGAUGGAAAAUCCAAUCAUAGUACACUAUUCACUUUUUUUUUUUAAUCACAUUUCAUACAUGCUUCAAAGGGAUAAAAAAAAAUGCUCUUUAACCAUACUGCAUGCCCUUGGUUCCUUAUUGGAGACUGUGCUUUACCUUAGUGUGUUGAAACCACAUGAUAACACAAGACUCACCCAUUAUUUCAUGUUAAUAUGUAAUAACUAACUAUGCAUGCUAUCCUGCUGAAUUCUUUGGACCCUGAGUAUAGGUAACAUAAAGGUGGGGGCUCUGGGCUGGUAGAGUGGCUCAAUCAGUACGAGUGCCUACCUAGCAAGUGUGAGGCCCUGAGUUCAAGCCCCAGUGCUGCCAAAAACAAAAAGAUAAGGCACUAAAGUGGGGGCUUAUUGCAUCACCUAAUCCCAGUCAGUGCAACUCCACCCUACCUUGUGUGAUGCCUUCGCUCCCCAUCCACCAGGUGCCGAUGGCUGGUUGUAAUGGAUGGAGAGGGGACAAAAGGAUCAGAAGUAGAAGAAUAGGAAAGAAGUGGUGAUAAUGAAUUGUUCUGUGCUACAAUUCAUAACUGCCAACUGAAGACAACGUAAAAGAGAUUAGCAUUUUACAGUAAUAAAUCUGACCAGCAGAGGGAGAGAUCAGAAGGAGCAAUGCUUACAGCACACCACCCUCAGCAACUAUGAAACUGUAUUAGUCUUUUUGAAAGUUUCUACAACAUUAUAAUGCAAAAGAAACAACAUAAAACGUGGAUAACAGCAAGUCGGAUAGGAAGAUUAUUCAAAGAAAUUCAUGUUUUAAGUGUAUUUUUAUCUUCUCUGCGUAAGUUUCUGGAGCAUGCUGCUUUUAUUAUAUAAAAAUAUUAUAGCCUGAGUAAAGCACAUAUUAAAAGAGAACCUUAUUUUAGGAUAAAUUUUUUAAUGGACUAAUACAAGUUUACUAGAACUGUUUUUCAAACUAUAAAUUGCAGCUCUUUACUUACAAACUUGAGUCAAACCCACACCUUUUAAAAUUAUAACAAUUAUGACAGAGUAUAUCACAAAGAAAGGUUGAAACUGGUUUUAACUAUAGUAUAUGUUUAUAUAAAAUAUAUAUGCAUACAUAUGUAUGGAAUAUGUGAAUACCAAACAUUUUCACUGUGUCGAUUUAAAAAAAAAAAACUUGAAAAAUACUGCCUUGAUGAUAUACUUAAAAUAUCUUUUCAUCCAUCACAUUGUUAAAGGUUUUUUGACAACAUCCAUUGCCAAUUAAGAGUGAGGGAAAAAAGAAUUUUAUCGGUGGGAAUGUAAAUUAUUUAAUCUUGUGGAAGAAUGAAGAUGUAGAUACCAACAUUUUAAAUGUAUAUUUGUCUUUUAACCUGUCAUUUCAUGUUAAGGAACCUAAGAAAUAACUGGACAAGUGAAGAAUGUUUUGUUUUGUU